AUGGCCUCCAGCGAGCGGACUCGGCUCCAAAGCAACCAGGCAGGACGCCACGCUGCGGGCGCCGCCGGCACAAGCCAACAAGAACGCAUGCUAUUGGCCGCCGCUGGAGGCUCGGCCAAUCAGGCGGCGCGGCGGCGCGGUGUUGGCGGCACCUGCGUCAACGUCGGCUGUAUCCCGAAGAAACUGAUGCAUCAGGCCGCCCUUUUGGGGCAGGCCUUGCGUGACUCGAAGAAGUUCGGCUGGGAGUACGAUGAGCAAGGUAAUUUUUCGUUGCAGGUUAAAGAACUCUUUAAUUCUUUGGGAGUCGAAUAUAACGUCCUGGAACUUGAUAAAGUCGAUGAUGGGGUCAGCAUUCAAGAAGUCCUAUCAGGAAUCACUAAUCACAGAAGCCUGCCCAGUGUUUUUGUGAAUAAAUUCCACUUGGGUGGAAGUCACCGUACAUUCCAGAAACUGAUGCAUCAGGCCGCCCUUUUGGGGCAGGCCUUGCGUGACUCGAAGAAGUUCGGCUGGGAGUACGAUGAGCAAGCCCCGCCGUGGUGCCGCGAUCAGUAUUUUGUGACGGCUUCUGGCUUCCGGGCAACCAACAGAAAAGGAGUGGAAACUUACUGCACCGCGGCAAAGUUUGUGAUAGCCACAGGCGAGAGACCACGGUAUUUAGGAAUCCAAGGAGAUAAAGAAUACUGUAUUACCAGCGACGACCUUUUCUCUCUGACUCACUGCCCUGGCAAGACACUGGUGGUGGGCGGCUCCUGCGUGGCCCUGGAGUGCGCAGGGUUUCUUGCCGGCCUCGGCCUGGAGGUCACGGUCAUGACGCGCUCGAUCCUCCUCCGUGGCUUCGACCAAGAGAUGGCGGAGAAAGUGGGUUCCUACAUGGAACAGCAUGGCGUCAAAUUCAUAAGAAAAUUCGUGCCUGUGAUGGUUCAACAGUUGGAGGCAGGUUCACCUGGAAAGCUGAAAGUAGUGGCCAAGUCCACCGAAGGAUCAGAAACCAUCGAUGGAGUAUACAACACCGUUUUGCUAGCGAUUGGUCGUGACUCCUGUACAAAGAAACUAGGCUUGGAGAAGAUUGGUGUCACAAUUAAUGAGAAGACCGGCAAAAUACCUGUCAACGACGCGGAGCAGACCAACCUGUCCCACGUCUACGCCAUCGGGGACGUUGUGGAGGGUAAACCCGCGCUCACUCCCGUCGCCAUACGGGAUCGGGUGAUAGGGUUCCACGUUCUCGGCCCAAAUGCCGGCGAGAUCACCCAAGGAUUUGCAGCCGCCAUAAGGUGCGGGCUCACAAAACAGCUGCUCGAUGCCACCACCGGAAUUCAUCCCACGUGCGGGGAGGUGUUCACAACCCUGGAAAUCACGAAGGCGUCGGGAGCAGACAUCACCCCGAAAAGCUGCUGA